ACGAUAAUGACCUAUCAGCCACCCGCCCCUGGAGACAAGAUAAUCAUUGUUGGUGGAGGGUGCUUUGGUCUUUCUACAGCCUAUGCCCUCUCGCUCAAGGGAAUAUAUGACGUGUGGGUGUAUGAUCGCCAGACCAUUCCAGCUCCCGAUGCUGCUUCUACAGAUAUAAACAAAAUUGUUCGCAUGGACUAUGCCGACGACACUAUUUAUAUGCACCUUGCAAUCGAGGCUAUUCAAAUGUGGCAUCAGUGGAACAAAGAGAGGGCAGACAUGGGACUUGAGCCAGUCUUUCAUCCCUCGGGUGUCCUUUUAUUCUCCAGCAAUGGAGAGUAUUCUGAUUUUGAGAAACAGAGUUUGAAGCACAUUCGAGAAGCCGGCUAUGGUCAUGUGAUAGAAGAACUAAAGAGUCCAGAAGAGAUCAUUGCACGCUAUCCUUAUUUUAAAGAUGCUGUUGAUAAUGGAUACAACAUUGCCUAUCUCAACAAAGAAGGAGGCUGGUGUAACUCCGCCGAAGCUGUCAAACAUUUGUAUGGCAAAUGUGUGGCCAACGGUGUUAAAUUUGUCCAAGGUGCUAAAGGAGAGCUUGCUCAAGUUCACUGUGAUCCCACACAGCCAAAGAAGGUCAUUGGCAUCCAGACAAAGGAUGGCUUGAUUCAUUAUGCUGACCGUGUUGUCUUGGCAACCGGCUCCUGGACUGCCGGUCUAGUAGACAUGUCCGACCAAUUGGUUGCUUCUGGACAGGUUGUUGUUCAUUUUAAACCUCCUCAGUCGUUAAGCAAACAGUUGAAGAAUCAGCCAGUAUGGUGUGCUGAUCUUUCACGCACUGGAUACUAUGGAUUCCCGACCAAUGGCGAUGGAAAAGUCAAGGUUGGACGACACUUUAGCGGUUACCUUAAUCCUCGUGAAGACGGCAUCUCCAUUCCUCGUACUCAACUUGCACAUGUAACAGACACUAUUCCAAUCAAGGAUCUUAGAGAAAUGCGUGGGUUUUUGAAUGAGUUUCUGCCCAGUACUUCCAGCCUUGACGUCAGCUAUGCUCGUGUUUGCUGGUACAGUGAUUCCAUAGACGGAAAUUUUCUCGUUGCACCACACCCUGAAUUCAGUAAUCUUAUAGUUGCCUCUGGUGACUCUGGUCAUGGAAUGAAGUUUAUUACAAACUUGGGAUUCAAGAUUUGCCAUGUUAUUGAAGGCAUUGACUCUGAAUAUUCGCGCAGUUGGGCAUGGCAUCACCUUUCCAGUGAAAAUGUGAGAUUGGACGGACUUCGUGCAGAUGUGGAUCAGAGACGCGCGAUCCUUAUCGAACAAGACAACGAAGAGGCUAGGAUGGCGCUUGCGGAGGAACUCUUGGCUGCAAAAGCACGUCUCUAAUCGAUUAAAGCAUAUGUAUUUAUAAAAGGGACUUUAUAAACCUGUAUAUGUACAUUACACAAAAAUUAUCUUUUAUAGCAUUUAUUAGUUCAGGCUUUGUAAACUGAGGUUUAGUUCGAAAUCGGGAUGUGCUACAAUCCUGGCCUUCGUUUUCCUGUAUCUGUAGCGUAUCUAUAUUUAUAUCAAUUUACCCCCUUGCUCUUCUUCAAGACACGGGGAUUAGCAAAUG